AUGGCUAUGGCCCCACGUCGAUUCAUCAGCACCAGUAAGAGAAGCAAUAUCGCCGGCAGUAUUGAUAUCAUCGCCUACGCCAAUGGAAUCGAGGCAAGCUUCUUCUCAAACCUCAAUCGCACCCACCACCUCAUCGAGCGCAAGAGCAUGGACUGGAACUCUUAUUUCGCACUCCGUGGAACCCGGCGGCUCUAUGAACGUGCUUUCAUGGUCCCUUCCACACUUUUGGGGCUCCUGGGGGGUGGGUAUUAUUUCGCCCAUCAGGAUUUUGACCCGACAAUGUCGAUCUUUGGACUGGACCAGGUGCUCGUUUAUGGGUUGGGCGCGGUUGGAGUGGGCUUGGUGGGCUUGUCAGUGGGUUCUAUUGUCGGGAAUGUAAUUUUCCGUGCCGUCCAUGCUAACGCACGACCUCUCCUCGACAAGAUGGACAGAGAAUUCUUUAACCGAAUCGUCUUGAACCGCGCCAACCCUACUGGCAACCCACUGACCCACCCUAUCCCCGACUUUUAUGGCGAGAAGAUCAAGUCUGUGCACGACUACCGGUCUUGGCUUCGCAAGCAGCGCGAGUACCACCGUAAAGCCAUGUACUUUGUCUGA